AUGGCAAGCAAGACGCUACCUCCGUUUCCUGUACGGCAGAUGUUUGUGUUGGCCUUAUGCAGGAUAUGCGAGCCGAUUGCAUUUAUGUCUAUCUUCCCUUAUAUCUACUACAUGAUCGAGGACUUCCACAUCACCGAGGAUGAGAGCAAGAUCUCCGUGUAUGCUGGAAUGGUUACAUCUGCCUUCACUCUAGCUGAAUUCUCUACGGGAGUCAUGUGGGGAAAACUGAGUGACAGAAUUGGACGGAAGCCGGUUCUCCUGACUGGCCUUGCCGGUACGGCUCUGAGUGUUAUGGUGUUCGGCUUUGCGCCUAACCUUACUGUUGCACUCAUUGCCCGCGCAUUGGGUGGUCUCCUGAAUGGGAAUAUCGGAGUCCUGCAAACUACUGUUGCCGAGCUUGUAACAGUCAAGGAACACCAGCCUCGCGCUUACACCAUAAUGCCUUUGGUCUGGUGUCUUGGAUCGAUUGUCGGACCCAUGAUAGGUGGUGCCCUCGCUCGGCCGUGUAUCAGCUAUCCCAACCUCUUUGCACGGGGGACAAUCUGGGAUAAGUACCCCUACCUGCUUCCUAAUCUGUUCAGCGCUGCAACAGUUUGCUGCGGCGUCAUCAUCGGCCUCUUGUUCUUGGAGGAGACGCAUUCGGAGAAGAAGUAUCGCAGAGACCGCGGAGUAGAACUCGGGAAACACUUUAUGUCUUGGAUGCGGCCCAGGAACUGCCAACUUGCAUCGAAGAAAGCGGAGAAGCAGGCCCUGCUGGACGACGACGCCGACGACGACGAGCUUCCAGGCUACCGCACAACGGAAAAUUCACCACGUCUUAACACGACCUCCGCUCCCGAACCCCGCGAAUCCCUGGAUCUCAAUUUCUCGCGGUAUAACGUCGCCGAGGCCGCGGCGGAGCCCAAGCCCACAGUUUUUACCAGGCCAGUCGUCCUGAAUAUCAUUUCUUACGGCAUUCUGGCAUUCCACACCAUGACGUUCGACCAGCUGUUUCCCGUUUUCCUCAGCACGAAGCCUCCUGCGCACAAGGACUUCCAUCUGCCCUUCAAGUUUGUCGACGGGUUCGGCAUGGAGACCAAGGAGAUUGGUGUCAUCCUCUCCGUGCAAGGCGUCUACUCGAUGUUUUCCAACUUGUUCCUCUUCCCCUUGGUCACGAGGAGACUGGGGCCGCUGCGACUAUUCCGAAUUCUGGCGAUGUCCUACUUCCUCCUCUACUUCACAACGCCGUACCUGGUUCUUCUUCCAGAUAACCUCCGACUGGUGGGCAUCUACAUGCUAGUCAUCUGGAAGUGUACCUUCUCGACCAUGGCCUACCCGAGCAACGCCAUCCUUCUCACUAACGCGGUGCCGAACCUGACGACCUUGGGGAUGAUCAACGGGGUGGCCGCCUCGACCGCGAGCCUGUGUCGAGCUUUCGGACCGACCAUUUCUGGACUCCUCUACGCCCUGGGCCUGCGAAGCGGCUACUCGGGCCUCGCCUGGUGGACAAGUGGCUUAAUCACGAUCAUCGGCGCAUUCCUCAGUCUCCAGAUCACGGAAGGCGGCGGCCGGUUUGAUGAACCUGCUAACGACAUUGAGACGGCUGUCAACGCGAGAGAGCGAGAUGGACUCUUGACGACUGACGACCAAAGUACCAGGCGGUCUUAG